UCUGACUAGGAGCUCAUGGAUUCUUUUUCCAAUGGGUUUUAAUUCAUUCCAUUAUUCUUUCUGAUGCUCAGAGGUUUGUUUUGUUCUAAUGCAGCAUGAUAACAUUUUGAUCAUUAUUACUUGCUAUAAUUUAUUUAUUUUGGUGCCGGGGAUGGUGCCCAGGGCCUUUGCUAGGCAAAUGCUGUACCACUGAGCCCCCGCUGCAGUCCAUCAUUGCCCUUUAAAAGAGCUCUCUGAUUUUCCCCACCAUAUAUGGAUUUUUAAGUAUAUAACAUGUUUCAGAAGCUUUAAUUAGCAUUGCACUAACUUAGACAGUGUUGUCUUCUUGACUGCAUAUUUAGUCCUCCCAACAGGAGCAAAAUAUUAACAUUAAAAAUAAACUGGAGUGAUUUUGAAGCUGGUAAUUGGUUAAGUCGGAGCCCAGAAUGGAAGCCGAGAUUUCUCUGAGACCUGAGCAGCCAACUCCUCUCCUCAAGGAAAAACCAUUUUUAUGGAAACCAGAUUGCUGGGCCCAUGGAGAUUGUGGUCCAUGCAUCGAAACUGGUCUCUCUCCUUGAGACCUUUGGCUGGGGAUAAUUGGUGCCACUUUUUCAUCAAUGAACCCCCUCAUACUCCUACUGGAGAGAGUUUAGGGACACAGCUUAGCAGAAAAAUGCAGGCCUUCAUGUGUCACCAACUGCUGACCCACCGCCUUGAUGACAGCACCCCUGUGCACCUUCCCAGUUCAGUUCCAGGAGCCCUCAGUCAGCGGCCUCUCCCAGAUCACCAGAAGCCUGUACAUCAGCAAUGGUGUGGCUGCCAACAGCAAGCUCUUGCUGGCCAGCAACCAGAUCACUUCAGUCAGCAGUGUCUCAGUAGAGGUGGUAAAUACCUUCUGUGAGGAUAUCCAGUAUACACAGGUGCCUGUGGCUGAUGCACCCAUCUCAAAGCUCUAUGACUUCUUUGACCCCAUUGCUGACCACAACCACAGUGUGGAAAUGAAGCAGGGCUGUAUAUUGCUACACUGUGCUGCUGGCAUGAGCCGCUCAGCCACUUUGUGCCUUGCCUACCUCAUGAAGUACCAUGCCAUGUCCCUGCUGGAUGCCCAUACAUGGACCAAGUCAUGCCGGCCCAUCAUCCGACCCAACACUGGCUUUGGGGAGCAACUCAUCCAUUAUGAGUUCCAGCUGUUUGGCCAGAAUACUAUACACAUGGCCCGCUCCCCAGUGGGAAUGAUCCCUGACAUCUAUGAGAAGGACAUCUGUUUGAUGAUUCCACUGUAAAUCAUCCCCUAAGCCCCUGCUUUGGGUCAGUGUACAGACCUGUUGUUGGUCCUAUAUCAGGAUCUGAACUUGAACAAUCUUUGUCGAUACAGGAAUGCACCAGAUGAUACCUUUUAUAAGGGAAAAAAAAAAAAGAGAAAGUGAUGCCACAGCUUUCAACUUUGUAACCCAUAUCUUUAAAGAUUACACUCAAUUAUUAGAGGUAAAGAUAAGUUUUUUACCCCAUGAGUGGGACAGGCCAUGGCUGCUGGUCAGAGGGUGAAAUGAGGCAGGUGGUACACUGGACAGAGACCAGAGCCCCAGUGCCUGGAGUCUGCUGCCUUCCCUAGACUGAACAACUCAGAAAUGAGACUGUUCAAUCCCACUUUGCUCCUUCAAACCCAAAGCCAGAGCCUUAAGCAUGGCACCCUCUGAACUUUUCACAAUAAGUGCCAACCUACUGGAUAAGUGGCCUUCAAAUAGUGCUCUAGGAACUCUACAGGCCCCAAACAAACCACAUCCACCAGUGGCCCUACUCUAGUUUUCUAAGAUCAGGUUAACACAGAAGAUAGUUUUCAAAUAAACAUUCCCCUGUCAUAAACUUUUUAAAAAUUAAAAAAAAAAUAAACUGAGCUAAAUUAAUGCUUAAUAUUUAAUGUAUUUUGUUUCUAUAAGGAUAAAGUCCUCUUUUCCCAUUGACUUUUUUUUUCUUUCUAGCUGCUUGUCACUAGCAUAUAGGAAUGCAAUUGAUUUUUGUAAAUUUAUCUCCUUUUUCACCACUAGUGUGAACUCAUUUAUUACUUCCAGUAAUUUUCUGGUUGAUUUCUUUGGAUUUUCUCGUCAGCAGUAACAUUCUGUUCAGAGGUAAUUGCUUUGUUAUGCCUUCUUUCUCACGUUUCUGAGUCCAGUUGCUUUUCCUUCUGCGAUGGGAGCCACCAGUGUUUCUAGAACUAGAUAAAAGGGGUGGGCACAGGAGACAUCUGUCCUGACGUGGCCAGGGUAGGGGGGUGGCAUGCUGGGACCUUGGCCACAUGGCACCAUUGUGAGUCGGGAAAACAGGCUGGGCAGGUGCCUGGCCACAGCUGCCCUGAAGGCUAUCCCCAAGGAGGAUGGACCCUGGAGUGGUCGAACGCUGGUGUUGCUGUGGGAAGGGGUCAGGUGUAGAGGGAAAGGGUCUGGCAAGAGGUGUCCAGGGUCUGGCUGUGGGGUCAGGGGAGGUGGUCAGAAGCAGCAAAGCAAAGAGAACGGACAGAAUGUACACAGAUGGCUAGCGCUGACCUUGGGUAGUCAUAAGUUGCUGGUGAAGCCCAGACAGUCCCCACCCUCUGCUGUGGUCUUGGACAGGUUGGUGGGGGCUGGCACAGGCAGGACCCCAUCAUACUUUUCUCCUUAUUUUUUAAAACAGGGUGACUAUAGCUUACCACCGUUAAGUAGCAUGUUGCUACUUGAGUUAGAGUUAUAUCCUUUAGCAUGUUAAAAAGACCUCCCUUCCAUGUCCCUUCUCCUUUUUUUAGUCUUACUGAAGAGCAGAUGGUAUAUUGUACCAAAUGACUUCUCAACAUCUAUUAAACAUUUUAAUGAUGAUUGCUGUUUUCCCAGUUUAUGCAAAGAAUUGCGUUUGUUGAGGCAAAUUUCAGAUUGGCUGGACAUGGUCAAGCGCUCAUCCUCUACCCCUUCCACACCUGACUUUGGCCACCCAACACCUGGAAUGGGAGCGAUAUUGUUCCCUAAAGGAAAGUCAGGAUGUGCCUGCCAGGUGACCUUGGGAAGAAGCUACAGAUGUACAAUACAGCCUGACCUCCCAGCCCACAAGUGCUCUCCAUUCCCAGCCUACCCUGGGGGAGCAGGAAGGGUCAUGGUUUCUGUGGUUCUCUGAGGACAGGCAUGGAACCUCACAAGGGCAUAGUCAGUGUUACUUGGAUGACUGAGUGAGAGAAUCAAUGCAGGACAGGGGGACUAGCCCAGAACUGGGAGCCCAGGUCCUCUGCAGCUCUGCCCCCUGAAGUCUUGUGAUCUGUCCUGUGAUCUGCUUCUGGAGGCUGCCAGAGGAAAGUUGGAGAGGCAGAGCACUUUGUGACCAACUACUCAGGUUCUGGGGCUGGAGAGAUCAUGGAUCAACACCCAGCUUGCCGUCUUGCUGGCUCUGUGAGCCUGGAUAGCUCUCCUCACUUCUUGAGCCUCAUUGGUGGAAGUGGGGCUGCAGCCAUGCUCCACGAGUGGGUAACUUUGUGGGUGAAUGAAAGGAUGAGGGGAAGCAUGUGGCACAGCUCCUGUGGAUCUUCAGCACCUGAUGUAGGGGAGUAACCAUCGGGGCCUCUCUGCAGCUUUAGGAGCAUUUAGAAGAGAAAGCACUGCACUGGUUGUAGAUAUGUGAAUCUCUUGGCAGGGAGAGAUAAGCAUCCAAGUCCAAGUGUCACCAGAGGGGUUCUGAGGAAGUCCCUACAAUGGGGAGAAGGGGACUCAACUGGGCCCCAGGGAAGAAUUUGCCACAGGAAAGAAUUUCAGGGCACAUCAGAAAAUAAAGCAUUGCUAAAUUUGUUCUAUGAAAGAAAUCAACUGGGCAGUGUGCAUUCAGAGAAGGACACAGUGUGGGCGUUCCAGAGAGAGACACGCUUUGGGGGCUUCGGGUUCUUCUUUGAAAGAAAACCUUGUGAGGCUGUGCAGGGGAGGGUAUGUGUGCUGGGACUCCCUGGCAAAUGCUGCUUUUUGAUU